CGCAUAGAUAGUACUUUAAUCUGAAUAUGAGAUUGACAGAUGAGUCGAAGCUGUUCCAUGACUCGGUGUAUCUGAUAGUGACUUCAAUUCCAUAUGGCAAGGUCACCAGCUACGGCCACAUAGCCUACCUUCUCAACCGUCCCCAGAACUCGAGGCAGGUGGGCUACUCCCUCAAGCAUUGCAAGGCUAUCAUGGAUACCUUGCGACAGGAUGGCGAGUUGCUGUACUCCUACGAAACACUUCCCUGGUGGCGGGUACUUCUGAGCUCUGGCACAAUCUCGCCUAGGGCAACUUCGGGAGAGUACGUUCAAGCCACCAAGCUAGCUGGGGAAAGCGUUAUCGUGCUGGAGAACCACAAGGUGGAUCUUACUGAAUACGGCUGGUUCCCUGAUGAGGUGGACUUUUAGAUAUCGAUCAGUUGUGUCUGAACUUGGAGUAUUACUUGGUGGUUUUAGGAUAUCACUAGUUGGAUAUGGGAUAUCGUUGGUUUUAGAGUACGCAAUUUCUCAAGUAGUUUCAGCUUUAUACAUAUCACCAGGAUUUAGCAUAUCGCAUAUCUGACUUCAGCAUAGAUUCUAUGAUUCACGCUGAAAUUCAUAUUACUUCCCCAUUCAGUUGCAUUUUCAUCUAUGAGAGCCGAGAGUAGUGGAUCCAUAUCCUAAAAGGAACUUGUCCUUCUGUGCAAUUCUUUCCCUUACUGUGAGUGAUCUUCGAUUUAUGGAUUGUGUAUGUAUCGUAUC